CCAAAUCAGUCAUUACAUUGUCCUUAUUAGGAAAUGGACACAGAAAUGGGAUGAUUAACGACCAAUCUCACUUUUACCUGUCACGAGAAGUUGUUUGUUAUUUAUUCCUGACAAACAUAUCUGCAUGUCUCUCUUCAUCAAAAUCACCUGCCUUAUGUUUAUUGCCAUUUCAUCUUAUUUGCAUUUCUGAUAUCCUCUUCCUUUUCGUGUGAGCUUCUAUACAUACUCCAUUCUAUACACAUCUGUACUAAAGAAGGAAAACCUCUGCUUAGGUCUUGCAGUUUCGUUUCCAACAGCGGAAAUUAAGCAAUACCAGACAUGUCCAUGAACGAGUUGAACGUUGAUGUCAUAAAAAUUAAGACUCAUGUUCUUAAGGUACAUAUUCAUUGUCUUGGUUGCAAAAGGAAAGUAAAGAAACUCCUCAAGAAGAUUGAUGGAGUUUAUGCAGUUAACAUAGACCUGGAACAACAGAAGGUGGCUGUGUCGGGCAUUGUGGAUCCUAGUUCACUAAUAAAGAAAUUGGCCAAAUCUGGGAAAUAUGCAGAGCUGUGGUCGUCGAUCCCUAACCCUGAAGAAACACUUGCAGUUGACGAUCCCAAUUACAGAAACACCCCCCAAAGCCGGAUGAUCCAGAGUUUAAUCCAGGAUCUCAGGGGCCCUAAUUACAGGACACGAGCUGAACCCCCGAGGAACUCUGAUCAGAGCUUUCUUAAUCAACGGCAGAGCAUGGAAAUUGAGGUGAACAUGAAUGAAAGACAAGGUGGAGAGAAUCAGCUGCUGUUGGGAUGGGAUGAACAGAUGUUGGCAGCAGCUAAUAGAAAUAAUAGCUUGACUACAGAUAUGGCCGGUCGUUUUGCUGUAUCCGAAGGGAAUGAAAUCGGAGGGCUUCAUAACUUGUACAGUGGAGUUCCGCUAAGUUAUGGAUCAAAUUAUAAUCCAUCUGUGAUGAUGGUGCCCAACACACUUGGAUAUCCAUAUAAUUAUUAUUCAUCUCCGAUGAUGAUGAACGCGGCAGAUUGGAGGAACACAAACACGAUGUUGAAUGAUGGCAGCUACAUGUUUCGACCUCAGACUGGGGAUGGCUUCUUCCCUUCUCCGUCUUAUAAUAAUUACUAGAAAAAUAUGGGGGGGGGGAAAAGCAGAGACAUCGUCUAGAUUACAUUGAGAUUAAGACUAAUACAUCAUAUCAUAGACAGAAUUAAGAUUAUGCAUCAUAAUACAUUACACUAGAGCUGAAAUUCUCAUUUUUAUUAUAAUUAUUCAAGUGGGGUAGUUUAUCUUUGGAACAUUGCUUAAAGCUCAUGCUCAACAGUCAACUCACAAUACCAUUCGCUUGAAUAUGGUCUCUAGGAAACAUAUUACCCAAAAACAACUUUUUUACUGAAGAUAAGGAAGCAAGCAGAGGUUUACAAGUUACCGCUAUCUUAAGCUACUGGAUGGCCAUAAGAAUCAUCCAUAAUCUUCCCAGAAAAUUCAAGAGGCUUACAUCGUUCUCCCAUGAUGAUCGUUCUCUUCCACAGCGCGUCUUCAUCGUCAUCAGUUCCACUGUAGUCUUCGUCGUGAUCUUGAACUUUUCUCCAAGAAAUCAUCUUCGCCAUGAUCAGAGCUUUACUAUUGAUAUUACUCUGCAGCUUGGUCAUGAGCUUCUUCUGGUCACCUCUUCCCACCCUAGCAAUUUUCUUCUGCUUGUGCUGUCUGAAUUUGUGUGAACCACAUAAGAUCCUUGCAAUUGAAAAGAUGGACAUAACUGAUAUUACGAAGAAGGUGAUGAGGGUUUUGAGGUAAGAAUUGAAGUCUGUGCAUGAAAGACUUUGGUUGAGUCCUUGUUACAAGUUGAUAAUUUGAUCAAAUGUUCAACUUUUACAUUACAAGUCCGUUGACCGACUUGGACUGAAUUGCAAGUGGCCAAACUCCAGAGUCCUAGUCAAGUAUGAUAUUUGUUUCUUUUUAAACUCAGUAUACUUCUAAAAUGUGAUUUGUUUAUACUUCAGUUACAAUAUUUUUAUCGU